CUUCAUUUUCUCUUUUCUCUCCCUUCACAACGGCCUCCCCACCAUCCUCGGUGACGUGCCUGCCUCCCGAUUGUUGCUCAAUUCAACAGAAUCUGCUCUGUGCAGCAUUCUGAAUUUCCUCCUCAAUUACCCACCAUGGUUUCCAUCACAGAGUCUUCCCCCCUCCUCCCCCAACAUCAGCCGCCUUCCUCCACCAAUACGUCACCGCGAGGAAACCGAGCUCCUCGAACGGUGACAUUCAACCCAUUGGCCACUGUCAGCACAUAUCACGAUACUACCGCCGCAGACCCGACCUUCAGACCGCUUCAUUCUGGUUCUUACCCUGCAUCCAAUUCUCAGAGCGCUGGCCCACCCCGACCGACCGGCUUGUCCGCCUUAAAUAGCAAGCUCCGCCGCCGCAAUAGCCAUGGAGCACCUUACAGCACCGCCGGUGCCCCGUUCGCGACAGCCCCCAAGGUCGGACCGCAGCGAACGACAAAGAACGCACAGAAGCUUAAAUUACUGCCCGAUCCCGUGACCGAAGAAGAACUCGCCGACGGCGACUUUCCAUCCGAUGUCUACUCGCAGAUCGCCCGCAUCAAAGAACCGACCGCCCGCAGUCACGCUGCAAGUCUGGGAAAGGCGGAUCGAGAGCGACUGCCCCGCGUCACAGCCUACUGCACGGCCAAUUCGUAUCGUCUGGAGGGGGUGGUGCGGUUUCUCAAGUCCCGCGCAAAGACCCGCGGAGCCAACCCGAAGCUCUACGAUGAGUGCGUAUACUCGCCAUAUGACUACGACUAUGAAGCAAAGCAGCGAGGCACAUGGAAUCUUCCUAGCAACGGGUUGCAUUCGCCGCAAUCCCAAACCCCGAUACGUCCUACUGGAGAACGCCGGUACUCGGAUAGUGUAGUGGAAGUGCAAGACAACAUCAAUACCCGACGGGAAGAUCUUAUCGACCUGAGAGAUUCGGAAUCGCACCAUCCACAAGAUGACCAUGAGAGCGCCGUGGUCGAUUCCACCGCAUCGGCAUCCCAAAUAGAAGCUGCCCCUGACUUCGACACCAAAGUCCACACCCCGGAGGUGUUCCUCUUCGACUACGGCACCGUGGUUAUUUGGGGCAUGUCGCCCGCGCACGAGUCACGAUUUUUAUCCGAUAUCUCCAAAUUUGCAACCUCCAUUCUGAGUCCCGAAGACACGCAGGUCGAGAACUUCAACUUCUAUUAUGCGCGCGAAUACCAAGCCCGGAUCUACAACGAUUUCAUCUCCCUCCGUGACCCGCGGAAUUACAUGAUCAAGCUCGCCAUCUCCCAUGCUCUCGCCCAGUCCGUCAAGACAUCCCUGUUCGAAGAUCUCGUCUCCGAGACGAUCUCCAACACCGCACCACUCCCGGCCCAGAUCGCCCAGACCGGCAGCGUAAAUCUCACUCGGCGCCAGAUCAACAUGCAGGUCGGAGAGCUCUUCAUCCUGCGAAUCAACAUCCACCUUCAAGGCUCCGUCCUCGACAGUCCGGAACUGAUGUGGGCAGAGCCCCAACUGGAGCCUGUGUACCAGGCCGUGCGGAGUUACCUUGAGAUGGACCAGCGAGUGAGUCUCUUGACGGAGCGGUUAGACGUCAUUGCGGAUCUGCUUGCCGUUCUGAAGGAUCAAUUAACUCACCGCCAUGGUGAGUAUCUCGAAUGGAUCGUUAUCGUUCUGAUCGCCGCCGAAAUCCUCGUCGCGGCCAUUAAUAUUCUAGUCGACCUCUACGCCGGCUUUGGUAGGUGUAGUAGCUAG